AGGGUCUGACUGAAUGGCCUAAGGGCCUGAAAACAUGGUUAAAAAGACAUCAAAACUCCUGAGGUGAUGGAAGGCAAACAAAACAAACCCUCUUUUGAUUUCUUUAUGUGGGGGAUGCAGUUUGGGGUGCAGCGCUCCAAGGUCUCUAAGGGGCGGCUAUUGUGGUCCCUGGGCCUUCCACAGUUGUCCACCCGUGAUAUAUGCCAGUGGUGCUCAAACUGUGCCCUUUAUGGGAUUUUGGACCUCAGCUCCCAGAAGCCUUAGCCAUGUUGGCCAGUAGUCUGGGAUUCUGGGAGCUGAAGUCCAAAAUCCAUUAAAGAGCACAGUUUGGGGACCACUGAUGUCUGUGGACUGAGUGGACCUUGGGAAACUCACUAACAGUCUUCCAGGCAAUGAUGACAAUCUUUUGUUCUGCUCUAGGGACCAGACCUUAUCGAAAAAGCGAAUGGACUCCAUGGCUUCAUGAACUGGUCACGGAACCUGCUGACGGACAGUGGUGGAUUUCAGAUGGUCUCUCUGGUGGAGCUCUCCAAAGUGACUGAAGAAGGAGUCCAGUUCUGUUCUCCUUAUGAUGGCAAGGAGAUUCUGCUGACUCCAGAGAAAUCCAUUGAAAUACAGAAUGCUCUGGGCUCUGACAUCAUCAUGCAGUUAGAUGAUGUGGUCAGCAGCACCAUCAGUGGUCCCCGUGUAGAAGAAGCCAUGUUCAGGUCCAUUCGUUGGCUGGACCGAUGUAUUGCAGCACAUAGCAAGCCCAACAAGCAGAAUCUAUUUGCUAUUAUCCAGGGUGGGCUGGAUCCUGCCCUUCGAACCAAGUGUCUGGAAGAAAUGACUAAACGAGAUGUGCCAGGCUUUGCCAUUGGGGGCCUGAGUGGUGGCGAAGCCAAAGAUCACUUCUGGAGAAUGGUGGCUCUCAGUACAGAUUAUCUCCCCAGGAACAAGCCUCGCUAUCUUAUGGGAGUAGGCUAUGCCACAGACCUGGUGGUGUGUGUGGCCCUCGGCUGUGACAUGUUUGACUGUGUAUUUCCCACAAGGACCGCACGUUUUGGUUCAGCCUUGGUCCCCUGGGGCUCCCUGCAGCUGAAGAACAAGCAGUAUGCCAAGGACUUUCGCCCCAUUGAUGAGAAUUGUCAUUGCCUCACCUGCCAGAGGUAUAGCCGAGCUUUCUUGAAUGCUCUCUUUCGUAUUGACACAGCUGCCAUGCACCACGUUACUGUCCAUAAUAUUGCUUACCAGCUGAAUCUGAUGCGCUUGAUCCGGGAGAGCAUUAUUGAGCAGAGAUUUCCAGAGUUUGUUCAGGAGUUCAUGAAGACCAUGUAUAGAGAUUCAGAUUGCUACCCUCAGUGGGCAACAGAGGCCCUGGCCUCAGUUGGAAUAACGCUAGAGUGAGAGGUGGUAGAGUAAGGCUCCUGGUGCGGCUGCCAGCAAGCAAGGUGCAACUUGGAGCAUCCUGCCUUUUGGACAGCAAGAAAUGUCACGUGCUUCUUGAACCCACAACUUUCAUGAGGGUUGGCUUCCCUGCUUCCAUAGAUUGCCUGGUCUUUUCAGAACAAUUGUCUGGACCGAUGUGGCAAUGAAUAUCUUUCCAAAAAUUUCAGGAGAAGAAUCUGAUGAGCUGGUCUGCUGACAGUCUAUCAGAGUAACUCUUGGGUUUACCUCUUUAUUUUUAUAUUAAAGUUCCUAUUUUCCUCUCAGA